CCCCAAAGCUCUUGAGCUCAUUUACUCAAAUCAUCAUCAUCUAGAUCUCCCUAAGCUAUUCAAGUUAUUUUAAACUUCGUUCUGAUUCAUUCCACCUAUGAUGGAUUCGCGUAACAGUGACGCUGGAGACAACCAACCAGCAGUUCUCAAGGUCAUCGACCUUUACGCUCUCCAGAAUGGCAUCAAAGAACAGAAGACCUUGCUUUUCGAGGCGGCUAUCACAGACGGCUUCUUCUACCUUGACCUUUCCCACAGUUCGUUCCGAGGUAUUCUAGACAGCGUGGACACCGUUCUCGACCUUUCCACCAUCAUUUUCAACCAUGAUGAUGAAACGAAGAGACUUUUCGAUGUAGACUUGAUUUCGUCAAUGAAGACCAACGGAUACAAACCUAAGGGAAGAAACAUCGUUAGUAAGGACGGGGCCAGAGAUGGCUUCGAAAGCUGGGCUUUACCCCGGAAUGGUCUACUCAGAUUGACAGAAGAGCCAUUCCCGCAUACGCCAUCUGUCGCAGCCCGUAUGCAGUCGCUAGGCUUCCUCUUACGCGGCCUUGGCAACGCAGCACAAACCAUCUUCAAGUCCCUCUCCAACACGUUGUCUCUUGAGCCAGGGCAGCGCUUUGAGGAUUUUCACGAUCCAAGUCGUCCAUCGACAGACAUCCUACGCCUCCUAAAGUACCACAGCACCGUGACACCCAUUAGCGAGGGCGCCUCACCGCAGACGCCGCACACGGACCUGGGAAGUCUAACUUUUGUCUUCUCCGCAACGCCUGGGCUGCAGGUACUCCCCCAUACAAGUGCGGCCGGUCAAAAGCCAGGGGCACCGCAGGAUUCGGAUUGGGUCUUCGUUCCUCCUCGGCAGAACUGCGCUGUGGUCAACUUUGGCGACUGCAUGACCAUGCUCACAAGCGGGCUUAUCAAGAGUGCCCUUCACAGGGUCGCACCCCCGCCCGGAAUGGCUAUGGAUGAGCGCUUCAGCUUUGCCUACCUCAUGCGGCCCGAGGAUGACACUCUCCUUCGCCCGGUUGAAAGCCCUCUCAUCCUUAGGACUUCGUCGUCUUCGGAGGAUAGUCUUUCAGAAUACGUGACGAGUCGGGAGUGGGUUCUGAGAAAGUUCCAUGCUCUUCGUGGGGCUUCUGGUUCUGCCCCAGGAACCGAUACAAUGAAUAAUGAAGUGCCAGCCCAUACCGAUCAAGUGCUUACAGGGGGCCGAGCCAUUAUAGUUUAGGCUGGUGAAUAGCAAGAUGAGGUUCUGUUCUAUAGUCGUUUGCACUGAAAUCGAUCACUCGUUCGUUGAUAUCUCACGUCUCACGAGAACUUCAGGAAGAGAAUCAAAUACUACGUUGAGCGCCCAGGG